AUGCCAGACCCAGCAUCAGCCCUACAAACCGCCUCUUCCCUCUCCCCCUUCCCCCUCAAAGGCCUAGCCGUAACCCUUGAACCCAUCACCCCGCAACACAUCCCCUCGCUCUUCCGCGGCCUCAACUUCCCCAAAAACAACCCGAUAAUUGACUACAUCGCCAACUUCCCCUACAUCCAAACGGAAUCCGACCUCGCCACCCACAUCGCCAGCACACUCUCCCAAAACCCGUCGCUAACCAUCCUCGCCCUGCGCGCAAAUCCCCACGUCCUGAACCCGCCCUUCCCUCCCACCCUAACGCCCACAACGGCCUCAGAUUCCCACACCGCUGUCUUGGGAAUUCUAGGAUACAGAACCCACCCACCCAGCCGCACCAUCCAACUCGACGACUCCGUCUUCGCGCCAGAACUCCAGCGCACCUAUGCCUCCACCGAAGCGCAUUACCUGCAAUUGGUGCAUCUCUUCGAGCACCAAGACUUCACGUGUGCGCGCGUGUGGCUCAAGUCGCAUGCGAUGAAUGUCCAACCCCGCGCGCAUACGGAGCGCUUGGGGUAUGUAUUUGAGGGGACGAUGCGCAAGGAUAAUGUGAGUCGGUGGGGCACGCCGCGGGACUCGGAUGUGCUGAGUAUGUUGGAUGACGAGUGGAAGGGUAAUAAGGUCGUGGUGGGGCGGUGGCUGGAUAAGGGGAAUUUUGGGGAGGAUGGGGAGCAGGUCAAGUCUAUGGGUGAGGUGAGGAGGGAGGUGGAGGAGGAGAGGAAGAGAGAGGAGAAGGUGAAGAGCUUGCUCUAG